UCUCUCUCAAUUAAGCUUAAAUUUCAUUUAUCAGGAAUAUCAUUUAAAGCCAGAAACACUGAAAGAAAAGAAAAAUGAAAAAGAAAGGGAAAAAAAAAGGAGAGGAAAAAUAGUUUUGAUGUAAUAUGUGUUAGCAUAUCUGCAUGACACCAAAUCAAAGAAGAAAGGCAUAGUAACCUCACUUGUUCAAAAUCUGGCAUUUAAAACAAAAGAAACUGUAGUAUAGAGAAGAGGAAUCUAAUGCCCCAUGGGGUGUAUCCUAUUUUCUUUUCUUUCUUAAUCUCACCAUCAUCAUCCUUUUUGUUUCUUGAUUUUAUAAUCUUUCUUUGUUACUUUCUCUCUCAGUCAUUUUAAGGUUCUCAUUUAAUCAGUAUCCUAAAGCUUGAUUAAGCUUUUUCUUUUUUUCUUUUUAUUGGACUUUUUGAGUUAAAAAGAUUUGAAAAAACUUAAAUUGCAUGUAGGGCUGUGUGGUUUGUAGAUUAUAAAUUGAUUUGGCAAUUGAAGGGAUUGGAGAAACAAGAGCAGAAGAGGUUCGAAAGCAAGAACAAGAAAUUGUUUAGAAUUGAAGAUGGCUACUUCUUCUUCAUCAGUACCUUUCUUUGGAAUUAGAGAUGAUGAGCAAAACCAGAUGAAACAACAACAUUCCUCAACACCAACUUCAUCUUCAGCUCAAGCCCAAGCUCCAGCUGCCCAGAAGAAAAAGAGAAACCAACCUGGAAUGCCAAGCAAGUAUCACCCACAAUUUUAUCUAAAUAAGAUCCAUCAAUACAGCUUUGAUAAGAAAAGAGAAGAUCCAGACGCAGAGGUGAUAGCACUAUCUCCCAAGACCCUAAUGGCAACAAACAGGUUCAUAUGUGAGGUAUGCAACAAAGGGUUCCAAAGGGAGCAAAACCUACAGCUCCACAGAAGAGGACAUAACCUGCCUUGGAAGCUAAAGCAGAAGACUACAAAAGAAGUGAAGAGGAAGGUCUAUUUGUGCCCUGAGCCCACAUGCGUCCACCAUGACCCUUCUAGGGCUCUUGGUGAUCUUACUGGUAUCAAGAAACAUUAUUCUAGAAAACAUGGUGAAAAGAAAUGGAAGUGUGAGAAAUGCUCUAAGCGUUAUGCUGUUCAAUCUGAUUGGAAAGCUCAUUCUAAAACUUGUGGCACUCGAGAAUACAGAUGUGACUGUGGCACUCUCUUCUCAAGGCGUGACAGUUUUAUCACUCAUAGAGCCUUUUGCGAUGCAUUGGCACAAGAGAGUGCUAGAAAUCCUCCUACCAACUUGAACACAAUUGGCAGUCACUUGUAUGGAGGUAGCAACAUGAGCUUAGGCUUAUCUCAAGUGAAUACUCAAAUUUCAUCAAUGCAAGACCAAUCAAGUGACAUUUUACGCCUUGGAGGAGGUAGCCGGACCGGACAAUUUGAUCAUCUUCUUCCUUCAUCAAUGGGGGGUUCAGUGUCAUUUCGACCAUCACCACCACAGCCCAUGCCCUCACCUGCUUUCUUCAUGCAAGAACCAAACCAGAAUUAUCAUGAUGAACACCAAGCUCAACAAGGGCUGUUGCAAAAUAAACCAUUUCAUCAUGGGCUAAUGCAAUUCGCUGAACUUCAUAACACCACCAACACCAAUCCUCCUGCGUCAAAUAUUUUCAACCUCAGCUUUCUUUCCAAUAGCAGCACAACAAGCAGCAUUACUAACAGCAAUAAUGCCAACAACUCGAACAACAGUCUGCUAAUGUCCAACCAGUUCAGCAACCAAAAUGGUGCCAGUGGCGGCGGCGACGGAUCAACUAUGUUUUCAAACCACAUAAUGGGUGAUCAUCAUCAAAUGAAUUCAGGUGUACCUUCUCUCUUUACAUCAUCGGUUCAAAAAGAUAACACAGUACCUCAUAUGUCAGCUACAGCACUACUUCAAAAGGCAGCUCAAAUGGGUUCAACUUCAAGCACUUAUAGCGCCUCAUUGCUAAGAAGCUUUGGUAGCUCAUCAUCUUCAACUGGAAUGAAAUCAGCAGCAGCAAACUUUGGUGAGAUUUUCAGUGAAAACGAUCAGAACAAUCUUCAUGACCUAAUGAAUUCAUUUGCUGCCACUGGAAAUUCUUCAAUUUUUGGACAUGGACAAGAAAACCCUUAUGGUACUAGUGGUGGCAAUCUUGAAGAAGCAAAAAUGCAUCAAGGUUUGAAUGCAAGUAUUGGUGGAUCUGAUAGAUUGACAAGAGACUUUCUUGGAGUUGGACAAGUAGUUAGAAGUAUGAGUGGAGGUUUCUCACAAAGAGAGAAACAGCGACAGCCACCACAGCAGCAGCAGCAGCAACAAGGCAUAGAUAUGGGUGGCUCUUCCUUGGAUUCAGAGAGAAAUAUUGCUGCUGCGGCUGCGGCGGCGCCGACAAGCCAAUCUUUUGGAGGAAGUGGGAAUUUUCAGUGAAGUCAUAGAAAUAAAAAGGAUAGAUGAUCUGGCGGAUAAGAUGAGAGAAAAAGUACGGGGACUGCUACUUGUUCCAUGAAAGGCAUUAAUUUUCUAUCGGAGACAGCAUGCAGCGACUCAGACAAUCUCAACUGCCAUGAAGUUUUAAUAUCAGACAGCUGAAUUUUGUUUAAGCUGUUUCUUAUCUUCUUCUUCUUGCUUCCCCCCUCAACUGUACCUAGGGGUUUGAUCAAUUUCAUAUUUUGGAUAGUGACUUUAGUUGCAACCUUUUUCCUGUCUGCUUUUGAAUUGAUAUUUUUGCUUUCUUUUUUCUAAUCGUUACAGUAAUAUAGAAAACAAAAGGUUCAGGAACUUCUAGUCUUAUACAUAAAUAUAUGCCUUUUUAGACUA